UGAAAGUUCAGAGGAGAACAAGUCGCCGAUAAAUUUCUGCUCAGUCACACGAUACACUCCGCUUGCAAUUUCCCCAUAAAUUCCAAUCAUCGAAUAUCGGACAAUGAUCAGCAGGCUGUGAUCAGCUACAACAAUUGUCCCUGGGAUUCGGCGAAUUUUUGGGAUUCCCAUUAGAAUUUAAAAUUCACGAAAAAAAGAUGAUUCAUCUCCUACAGCGAGAGAGAUAUAUAUAAUACGAGCGAGAAAGCUGCCUUGGUGACUUUUGGAUUGCCACGGCCGAUGCAUCAGUCUAGGAUCCCGCUUCCUGGUCAACCAUGCAGCUCCUGUGGCUAAUGUGUCACUUGACAGUCGUCACGGCGAUGCCAGCGCUUCCGCCAUCGAUAUUCACGCGGAUCUGGAAGAACGUGAACACGAUGAACGACACGGAAGCGGACUCGUACCACGACUACCGUGGAAAUCCGAAGCAGAACGUGUGCGAGUCCGAGCACUGCUACGAGAUCGCGAAGAGGAUUCAGCAAAGCAGAGAUACGAGAGCUGACCCGUGCGAAGAUUUCUACCAGUACGCCUGUGGUUCAUGGGACAAGUACAACCCUGUUCCAGAGAACAAGCUCGAAUGGUCCGAGGAUCACAUCAUCGCCGACGAAACCAACAAACGCGUCAGAGAAGUCCUCGAGGAAUACGAUAACGCCGCUGAUAUCCCGCCUGUCAGAAUGGCCAAGAAGCUCUACCGUUCGUGCAUGGAUAUAGAUGCAAUUGAAAAGAGAGGGAUAAAGCCGAUUCUGGAGAUCGUGGACAAAAAUGGUGGAUGGCCUGCAGCAAUGCCAAUGAACAAAUGGAAUCCUAAUAAAGUAACUUGGCAAAAGAUCGACAAGCACUACGUGACAUUAAUCGGCGACAAUACUUUCUACAAUUUCGAAUACGAAAUCGACUUGAAUGACACGAAGCAUUACGUAUUGACAAUAGAUCAAGAAGCCAUAUAUCCUCUGUCAAGUAAAAUAGAUUUAAGCGAAAUGCAGUCUUAUGGCGGUGCAUACAUGAUUUGCAUCAUGCGUGUAGCGCAAGCUUUUGCAGAAGAAAAAGGGUACACUCUAGAAAGAAAACAGUUAACUACGGAUGUAUUGAACAUGAUGUACUUUGAGUUGAAACUGAUAGAAAUCAUUGAAACCGGAAAGGAGAUACACACGAACAGCGAUAAUUACGAAAGAAUGACUAUCAAAGAAUUGCAGAAAUGGUAUAAUAGUUCCGGCAUUACUGAACCUACGGCGAAGAUAGACUUCUUGGACAUGCUACAACACAUAUUCAAGCUGGCCAAUAUCACCAUAACCUCAUCCGAACCCAUCAUGGUAUACAAUCCGAAAUUUCUUCAUAAGCUGGCCGGGUUGCUUGGAGGCACCAGCGAACGUGUGCUGGUGAACUACAUCCAAUGGAAUAUGGUGAACAAAUUUCUGUCAUACACCACGCAGGAGAUGAGGGAUAUUCAGUUCAACAUAUCGUUCUCCUCGUACAAUGUAUCCAAUUAUGUUCCACGAUGGCAAGAUUGCGUGCAAAACAUAAGAAUGAAGGACGCAGUUUCUUACAUGUUCGUUAAAAAAUAUACCUCAGACCACGCGAUACGCGAGGCGACGAAAAUGGUUAAAAGGAUAAAGGAGAAAUUAAAAUCGCGCAUAGCACAGGCCCAGUGGCUACCAAGUCCCAUGAAACUGCUAUUAACGCAGAAACUGGAUAACUUAGGGAUUGAAAUUGGAUAUCCAAAGUGGUACAAGGACGACGAUGCUGUUACUCGAUAUUACGACGGGCUUCGCAUAGGCACGGAUUAUUUUCAAAAUAUCCUGAACUGCCAAGAAAAGGAACUCGUAAAGAGUCUAAUCGAAUUCAGGGAACCUGUCGUGAAAGAAGAAUGGUUAGAAUAUCCCAUAACAGUAAACGCGUUUUACACUCAGAUAAUCAAUGCAAUAUUCAUACCAGCAGCUGAACUGCGAGACGCUUAUUUCACGCCUUCUUUACCAGACGCUAUUAAUUAUGGAAUCAUCGGAUUCAUAAUCGGCCACGAAAUAUCCCAUGGCUUCGACGACGAUGGAAUAAAAUUCGACAAAGAGGGCUACAGGAUUUCAUGGACCUCUCGACACGCGUCGGACGAGCACAAGCAACGAUCGAAAUGCUUCGUCGAUCAAUAUGGCAAUUACACCUUCGAUUCCACCGACGAGAAUGGCGAACACGUUAAGCUGGAUGGAUAUCUGACAAAGAACGAGAACAUGGCAGACUCGGUUGGCAUACAGAUCGCUUAUUCGGCGUACAAGACAUUAACAGAGCAGAAGAAGCAAACGAAGCUACCUGGUCUGGAGCACAUCUCAAACGACGAACUCUUCUUCCUAACCUUCGCCAAUUCCUGGUGCUCGACGAUGAGGCCACAGUACGAGCAGAUGGUAAUGAACGAUGACGAGCACAGCCCUGCAAAGUACCGCAUCAUAGGCUCCCUUUCCAAUAUGGCGGCGUUCUCCAAAACCUUCAAGUGCCCGCGAAACAGUUCUAUGAAUCGACGACACAAGUGUACACUGUGGAAUUAGUAUCGUAACAUGCUAGGCAAACUUUGAACAAAGUACGGACAGAAAUAGAAUGGUACUUAUCGGUUUCUAAUC